UCGUCCCAAGUCUUCCUCUUGAUCUUGUUUCUGUUUGUGAUUCUCUCCCCUUUCCACCCUUUCCUUCUGCCAGCGAUUCCUUGCACGGCAGCUCUCCCCUCCUCACAUCAUGCUCGCUCCCUCCCUUCUGCGGGCUCAGGCCCCCAGAGCUCUGGCUUCUGCCCGUCUCUCCCUCCGCUCCCUCUCCACCACUCCCCGCCGCUACAAUGCCCAGGAGAAGCAGCUCAACAAGGUAUCUGCCCACAUCACCCAGCCCAAGUCCCAGGGUGCUUCCCAGGCCAUGCUCUACGCCACCGGCCUCAACGAGGACGACAUGAACAAGGCCCAGGUCGGUAUCUCGUCUGUCUGGUAUGAAGGCAACCCUUGCAACAUGCACCUUCUCGACCUCUCCGGCCUCGUCAAGGAGUCCGUCGCCAAGGCUGGCCUCGUCCCCAUGCGCUUCAACACCAUCGGUGUCUCGGACGGUAUCUCCAUGGGUACCACCGGUAUGCGCUACAGCUUGCAGUCGCGUGAGAUCAUUGCCGAUUCCAUCGAGACCGUCAUGAACGGCCAGUGGUACGACGCCAACAUCUCCCUCCCCGGUUGCGACAAGAACAUGCCCGGUGUCCUCAUCGCCAUGGGACGUGUCAACCGCCCCUCCAUCAUGGUCUACGGUGGUACCAUCAAGCCCGGCUGCAACAUGAAGGGCGAGAACAUCGAUAUCGUCUCCGCCUUCCAGGCCUACGGCCAGUACAUCUCCGGCGAGAUCGACGAGAAGCAGCGCUUCGAUAUCAUCCGCAACGCCUGCCCUGGUGGUGGCGCCUGCGGUGGUAUGUACACUGCCAACACCAUGGCCACCGCCAUCGAAACCCUCGGCAUGACUCUUCCCGGUUCCUCCUCCUUCCCCGCCGAGUCUCCUGAGAAGAAGAACGAGUGCUUGAGCGUCGGUGAGGCCAUCAAGAACCUCCUCCGCGAGGACAUCCGCCCCACCGAUAUCCUUACCCGCCAGGCCUUCGAGAACGCCAUGAUCGUCGUCAACAUUCUCGGUGGUUCCACCAACGCCGUCCUCCACUUGAUCGCCAUCGCCGACUCCAUUGGCAUCAAGCUCACCAUCGACGACUUCCAGGCCGUCUCCGACCGCACCCCCUUCCUUGCCGACCUCAAGCCUUCCGGCAAGUGGGUCAUGGAGGACCUCAGCAAGAUUGGCGGUACCCCCGCCCUUCUCAAGUUUCUCCUCAAGGAGGGCAUCAUCGAUGGCUCCGGCAUCACCUCGACUGGUAAGACCUUGAAGGAGAACGUCGAGAAGUUCCCCGACUUCCCCAGCGACCAGACCAUCAUCCGCCCUCUGUCCAACCCCAUCAAGGAGACCGGCCACAUCCAGAUCCUCCGCGGCUCCCUUGCCCCCGGCGGUUCCGUUGGCAAGAUUACCGGCAAGGAGGGUCUCCGCUUCGAGGGCAAGGCCCGCUGCUUCGACUACGAGGACGGCUUCAUCGAGGCCCUCGAGCGCGGCGAGAUCAAGAAGGGCGAGAAGACCGUCGUCGUCAUCCGCUACGAGGGUCCCAAGGGCGGUCCCGGCAUGCCCGAGAUGCUCAAGCCUUCGUCCGCCAUCAUGGGCUACGGUCUCGGCAAGGACGUUGCCCUCAUCACCGACGGCCGCUUCUCCGGCGGUUCUCACGGCUUCCUCAUCGGCCACAUUGUGCCUGAGGCCAUGGAGGGUGGCCCCAUCGGCCUCGUCCGCGAUGGCGACACCAUCAUCAUCGACGCCGAGAAGAAGGUCCUUGACCUUGAGGUUCCCGAGGAGGAGCUCGCCAAGCGCCGCAAGGAGUGGAAGGCUCCUGAGCCCAAAGCUAAGCGUGGUACUCUCAGGAAGUACGCCCAGCUCGUCAAGGAUGCCAGCUCCGGCUGCGUCACUGAUGCUUAAGGUGCAGUAUGCUAGGGUGUGAGCAAAAGGAGGAAGG